AUGUCUGUAAAAGUAUUUCUGGCGAUUUGCUGCUAUUUCUUCUUUAGUGUUGCAGUAAGUGUAAGAGCAGAUCUGCCAGAAUAUUGCGGACCGCAAGACUAUGCCUACACUCCGCUAAGGAAAGAUCCACGAGGAGAGUUUACCGUGAAGCAAGUCCACGUUGUUAUAAGGUUUGUAGCUAGCGACGUGCAAAACAACACGUGUUAUGUUAAUUUUUAUUCUUCUUAGCUUUUAAGUAUGUUUAAGACAAAUAAUAUGAGGAUAGUUAAUGGUAAAUCUUAGGUACGUUCUGUUUGGGUAAAAUUUCCGCAUAUUUUUUUUUAUGAUAAUUACCAUAAAAUUUUGUACAGUCGUCACGCAAUUUGCAACUAAAAUCUCUGCUUUAAUAUCCGGAUCGGAAGCGAAUGCGCUGUUAUGUCAUAUUUGAGUAUCAUACUGUAUCCAUCUGUGCAUAAAUCUCUAGUUAUUAUUAUUAUUUUUUGCCAAAGUCACUGCUAAAUUUCGUCAAUGCAACUUGCAACAGGUAAUUUGAGCUCAGGCUAAAAUAAGAGCUUAAAAGAUACAUGAUCCGGCAGAUCCGCGUAAAAUUUAAAAAAGUCCCCAUGUUUUCGAAGAAAUUUUAAAAUAAUUUAAGCUCUUAUGUCUUGUUUGGCCCAUUGGUUUUCUUUUUCGAGCUUUUUCUACAUCAAGUGUUCAAACUUUUGAGAAAGGGGUGUGAUGAUUUAGACUGACCUUACAGAUGUACCUAUCAUGUGACUCGUUGUAGUAAUUAUAAAUUGAAAGUGUGCCAUAAUGUAUUUUUAUUUACUUAAAAGGCAAUUUUUUCUUUUUUAAAAUCUCUUGUCAGUUUUUAAUUUGACUGCUGUGGGUUAACUAGAUAGUCAACCAGUAAACAGGGAAAAGCGUGGAAACAAAAAUCCAAGUUUUAUUUUCCAGACAGAACGCAGCCGCAUCCUUGGGGUUUGACCACAGACACAUUUCAUAAGGCAGAGAUUACAUCAUGUGGAAAUAAUAGGCUGACUAAACAGCUGAAAAUCAUUGUCUUUAUCUUGAUUCCUGCAAAUAGCUGUAUGCUUGUUUUUUAUUCAUUUAUUAUUUAUUUUUAUUAUUUAUUUUUUUUGCUUGUUAUCCAAUGUUUUCAUGACCAUUUCUUGACCCCAAGUUUGCAUUGAGCAUGAUUUAGACAGAGAAGGGUGUGGUUGGGGAGUUCCAGACAGAAAUGAUUGAUUUGCUGCAGUUUCAGUGAUAUAUUCUAGUGAAUGAUUGUUUGGAAUUACAAUUACCAGAAAUAGUCAACUUAAUCUGCUUAAACUGUUGGCCAGAGCUGUAGUUCAUCUGGGAGAGUGAUACCCCUAUUUAAGGGCGUGCACCAUGUGGGACCCCCAGAGGAAAAAGGACUUAUUUCUGAUAGAGACUAAGCCCCUGUUUGCACUACACAAAAUUUUGUCUGUUUUGCCAAAAAAAAAAGGUCAACAGGAAGCCAUUUCUCUCACCUACAAAAUUUCCUCAACUGUUACCAAACUUCAAAAGAUGCUGUCGAGAAUAUUUGGAGGCCUACAAUUUUUUGUCAGUUGGUGACAAAAUCCUCUGUUCCUUGACAGCUAUCCUUUGCUGGGUCAUCUUACUUUGCAAACAUAACCAACUGUACGAAAAAUUUCAUGUGCUCAGAUGCAAACAAGGUCACAAAAACAAGUUAUUGGUAAUAAUAAUAUUACAGUUGAGCCUCUCGGUAUGGACACCUCUCUAUUAUGGACAGUUUCCAAUAUGUCCUGACAAAAUUCUCGUUAUUUUUCCUAAAAAACCGCCUCUAUAAUAUGGACUCCCUCUAAUAUGGACAAUGGACACUAAAUCUCGGCCCCAAAGAAUAAAUUCAUGUAAACUUAUCCUUGUUAUUAUGGACACUGCGGUGAUCAGGUGAAUUCUGACUCUUGAUCAGGUGAAUCUACACAGGGUGAAUCCUGUCUUGCUGAUGAGCUAUAUAUGUUAGGUGAUUACAAAAGCUCAGUUGCUGUAUAUCAAACAACGAUUUGUGAAAGGUGUACAGAGGAACAUAACCAACUUUUUAAGGCUUGAAUAACUACAGAUAGCAUAAAGAUCUUUUCUGUUGCAUUUGCUUUCAUGAGAAUUGUGCUUUACGUCACAUUUUUUUACAUGUAGCAUUGCACUGUAGUGUGUUUCGUUUUAAAACAGUGAUUUGUCUACAACUGCACUUACUUUGUAGCUGAGAUGUACAAUGUUGUAUGCUACUGAAAGACAGUGUCUUUGUACUGUGAAUUAAUAAAUUUAAAUGCAGUUUUAAAGACAAGAGUGAGCCUGGUUUUAGCUACCGAACACUUAAAACUGUAAGUGGAGUCAUAAAAGUGACGUCAUCGUAGUGACCUUUUUUAUGUGGACACCUCUCUAAUAUGGAUACUUUGCUCUGUCCCUUCGGUGUCCGUAUUAGAGAGGUUCAACUGUAUAUAAUUGCAAAUAUUGCAUGAGGGGAUUAACUACUCGUACUUGCAUGCAAUGAAAUUCCUGUAACCUGAACAUAUCUGGUUUGUGAUUUAGAACUGCAUCAACCCAAGACUUGUUUUGGCACAAUUGAGUAAAGUUUCAAUUAUUAACAUAUGUACAGUGUAACAAUUUGAUGAGUUUAUAGAAAAUUUUUGUUAGAACCAAUCAAUUAAUCAGCCUUCCUUUGUAAGUAAUAUUAAGGCAAGCUGAGAACAUUGACUCUUUUUAGUUAUAUAGUCAAGACAUUUUGUUAAGAUUUUAAGUACAUUUUUUGAAAAAAUUUCAACUUAUUUUCAACUUUGUUUUACAUAUAUUUUUAUAUAGAUAUAUUUUUAUACUAAAGGUUAGUCAACAAUUUUUGUAAUUGCUGGCAAUAUAAGUAAUAAAAUAAUGUUGUUGUUGUUUAUAAUUAAUCAGUAUAUUUUCACCCAUAGACAUGGUGACAGGACAAGAGCUUCAGCCAGUCCUUGUUGGGAUAAUGACACUGCUGAAUGGGAUUGUCUACUAUCUUCAGCUUCC